AUGAAAGCUCAAGUGACUCAAAACACCUUCUGCACCUAUACAGGGCCACCAGAAGAGGUGGACACAACAAUUUUCUUCAUCUCCGGAAACCCUGGCUUGAUAAGUUACUACCACCCAUUCCUAUCCCUGCUCGCAGAGAACUUAGCAAAGGCCUCUGCACAAGAAAAUGGAGAUGCAAAAUACGGAACGAACCCACCCUCUUUCCAGAUCUAUGGAUGUAGUCUUGCAGGCUUCGAGGUAUAUUCCAAGAAUGACAAGUCAUCCGUAUCUUCGGCGGACUCCAGAAAUGAAGAUAGCGGCGGAAGCUCCGGACCGUACGGACUAGAAUAUCAGAUCCAAUUCGUCCGCGAAAGACUAGAAGCACUUAUGCGUGAAAAUAUCGCUGCUGAUAUACGAGCUGCCGAGGAGACCGGUGCCCGCCCGCGUCGACGAAAGGCCAUUCUUCUCGGACAUUCCGUCGGCACGUACAUGUCUAUGGAGAUACUGCAGCAUCACCGUAACGAAGUCGUUCAAUCUGAGCAGCCUGGACACUCGCGUGCACUCUUUGAUAUCGUUGGCGGUAUCAUGCUGUUCCCGACUGUGAAGGAUAUUGCGCAUUCGCCUUCUGGGCAGAAGUUGACGACUCUUGUCUCGCUUAUUCCGCAUUUACCUAUUAUCGUGAGCCUUUUUGCUCGAUUGCUUACCUUCCUCUUGCCGGUCUCUGUGAUCCGGUUUCUCAUUCGCGCUGUAAUGGGCAAUUCACCUCCUCAUGGUCUAGAAACAACAAUCAAAUUUCUAAAGAGUCCUGGUGGAGUUCGACAGGCACUGCACAUGGCUGCAGAUGAGAUGCGGACCAUCACAGCUGAUAAAUGGACCGACGAUGUCUGGGGACUUGAUCAUCAGGGUGGUCAUAUUGCGAAAAUGUUCUUCUAUUUUGGACGGAAGGAUCAUUGGGUCGCUGAAAAGACGAGAGAUGAGAUUGUGGCGAUUCGUGGCCGAAAGGAUGGACUUGGUCCAAGGAUGUUUGUCUGCGAAGAAGGACUUCCGCAUGCUUUUUGUUUGAGUAAGUUAUUUCAUAUGAUCCCCGAAAUCGGGUUGAAGUGGUGUGCUAAUCGCCUUGUAGAAUAUAGUGAUGCCAUGGCUCGUAAAGUGGCUGGGAUGAUUCGGGAUAUUGGACGAGGUUAA